ACACAAAAAAAAAGAAGAAGAGAAAACUUGUUAGUGUGUUAACUUGCUCCCUCCUCUCAUUUCUCUCUUAGCAAAUCUGCUGUAAACUAAAGAGUAGCAUGUAUAUGAUGAGGUAGUAAACAGUAAAUCCUCAGUUUUUCUUUCUCAGAACUGAGAAAGGGAUAUCAGAUAUAAUAAUAAUAGCCUUUCAUUUCAUCCCAUCUCUUCACUUUUGCUGACUUCUUCUCUUUCUCUCUCUUUGUCUACUCAGUUUUUGUUUAAUAUAUCAAGAAAAUACAGUGCUUCUCUUUUUUGUAGUUGCAGUGAGAUAUGGCCGAGGGAUUUGAAGCAUAUCAUGUCCCACAACAAAGCAGAAGAGAUAGGCUUAGAGUUUCUGCUUCUGGUUUACUUCCUUUUGUUGAUCAUCCCUCACUUAUCCCCUCAGAUUUCCAUCUUGUUUCUGAUGCUAAAGAAAAAGGAGUUAAUUUCAUGGAUCCACAAUUAUCAUCUGGUGUUUCCUUUCAAGAAAUUAGUGGCAACCCUUUUCUCUAUAGUCAUCAAAAUUUUAGGUUUCUUGAUCAAUCUUUUCAUGGUGGUGAUGUUGAUGUGGCAUAUAAACAAGAACCAUUUUCUUCAGUAGCUGCAUCUCCUGAGACUAAUGUUAUUAUUAAUAACAAUAACAACAGUAAUAGUAACAAUAAUGUUACAACAGGUCAAGGUUUGUCUUUGUCAUUGUCAUCAUCUCAUCAUUACAACCAAAGUAGUAGUAGUAAUCUUCCUCUAGAGCUUAACCUACAAAGAUAUGACUCUUCAAUAUUUACUAAUGACAUGUCAUCAAAGAGUAGUAGUGCUACUGUUCCUCUUGGACCAUUCACUGGCUAUGCUUCAAUUCUCAAGGGAUCAAGAUUCUUGAAACCUGCACAACAAUUGUUAGAAGAACUUUGUGAUGUUGGUAGGGGAAUUUAUGCUGAAAAUUUAGCUGCUAAUGAUGGAUUUAUAGUGAUGGAUCCUUCACUGGAAGCAACUUUAAGUGAUGAUCCCCAAUAUUCAUGUGGUGAUGCAAGUGAGCAUAGGAGGAACAAGUCCAAGUUAAUUUCAAUGCUUAAUGAGGUUUACAGAAGAUAUAAGCAGUAUUAUCAACAACUACAAGCAGUUAUGGCAUCUUUUGAAUCUGUUCCUGGACUUGGGAAUGCCUCGCCAUUUGCAAAACUAUCUCUAAAAGCUUUGUCCAAACACUUUAGGUGCCUUAAAAAUGCCAUCACUGACCAACUGCAGUACACAGGCAAAUCUCAAAUUUGUGAAAGUGAUACAAUCCCAAGAGCUGGAAAUCCUGCAGGGAAAGGCAUUUAUUGCCAAAGACAAGCAAUUCAUAAUGCUGGAUUUGUUGAUCAUCAGCCUGUUUGGCGACCACAAAGAGGGCUACCGGAACGUGCUGUAACUGUUCUCAGGGCAUGGUUGUUUGACCAUUUUUUGCACCCUUAUCCUACCGACUCUGACAAAGUAAUGUUGGCCAAACAGACUGGUCUUUCAAGGAAUCAGGUUUCUAACUGGUUCAUCAACGCAAGAGUUAGACUAUGGAAGCCUAUGGUAGAAGAGAUACACAAUCUUGAAACUAGGCAAGCUCAGAAAGCAGCUUCACAAAAAGAGGGACAAAACAACAACAACAAUCCCAUCGAACAUUUUCCUACUAGUAAUUCACUUCCAUCUGAACAUCCAUCCACGUCUUCACAACAAUUUCAUGAUGUUCCAUCAAAGAGAACAAGAAAUAAUGAUCCAAGUGAAACUCAUUUAGGAGGUGAUGAUCAGGAGACAAUGAAUUUAUCAUAUGACAAUUUUUCGCCUCAUUCUCGUGCUGGAGUAGUUGAUCAAAUGAGUACUGCAUCAGCUGGAAAUGGCGGAGUGUCGUUAACAUUGGGACUUAAUCAGAACAAUAAUGUGAGUAUUGGUUUAUCAGGAUCCUUUCCAAGAAAUGCAGCUCGACGUUUUGGUAUCGAUGAAAAUAACGAAGGAUUCAUGUUUGGUGGCUUUGAAACACAAAAUCGUCAGUUAGGAAGAGAUAAUAAUAUUAUUGGAGGGCAACUGCUUCAUGAUUUUGUUGGUUGAAAAAUAUUUCCUGCUUCAUUUAUAGAAUGGUAGAAAGGGUUCACUACUUUAUACUAUCUUUGGAUAAUAAAUUUUUGGUAAAACCA